AUGGCGUGGGAGAAGAGAUGUACAAGAGUAGUUCUGGAAGUUGAUUCGGAGUUGAUGGUAGGGUUUCUUCAGACAGGGAUAAGUGACACGCAUCCUUUGUCUUUCCUGGUACGUCGGUACCAUAGCUUGAUUGCAAAGGACUGGAUAGUCCGAGUUACACAUGUGUAUAGGGAGGCCAAUUGUCUUGCAGAUGGAUUGACAAACUAUACUUUCUCGCUUCCACUAGGUUAUCAUUUCUUUGAUGUUGCUCCUAUGGAUGUAGUUUCUAUUCUGAACGAGGAUGAGCUUGGGUUCACACGGCCUAUGCGAGUUUUUCCUGCGUUUUUGUUCCAUGGAUUCUAG